GCACAGCUUUGGGUAACUGCCUGAAAUAGAGGCAGGGCUCUGACACUACGCUCGACUGAGUUCCCUGUUCAGCCACGUUAUAAAGGGAGUAAAACCGGACACAAGAACCUGACCAGACUUAAGUUGUUAAUGGGAAAACAACUGAAUAGUUUGCGAUGUACUGAUUUCCAGAGGUGCGUCAAAGGCCAUGGGACAAAGAAGUACUUUAUGAUCUUCAUUUGAAGCUCCCUCAUGCAUCCAGCUUCACGCUGAGGUAAAAGCCAACCACGCUGAACUCCUCAGGCUGCGCAGGUGUGACGUGCCGUAAUGCCUGCAAUGAGUACUGGCCCAACUCGGGCUGAUCGCCGAAGGCUCUCCUGGGCCGUUGUGAUUCUGACUCUGGCUACCAUCACCUCAUCCUCCCUGUCAGCUCUGUCCCUGUAUCAUGUGCUGGCUCUACAGGCUGAGGUGGAGGGGCUGAGGACCGAGGUGAGCCGCAGGAGAGAGGAACAGCAGAGUGCGCCGGGGGAAAGUGUGAGCGGGCCGCAGGCUCAUCAACAGGACAACAGAAACAAAGCUGAGAGCCUUCGGCAGACUAGCAGUGUGGUACCCCCUGAACUGGGGUUUGACGUUUCUGGGAGACAGCCAGAGCCGCCCAGCUUAAAAAAGAGAAGUCUGGAAUCAUUUCAGCCCUGCUUGCAGAUGAUCGCAGAUAGGAAGAGGGAAGUCUUUCAGAAAGAGUUUGCGUUGGAGACACACACAGGGGUCCCAUGGCAAACUGGUCUAAAGCGAGGCGAGGCUCUAGAGGAGGAUCAUGACACCAUAGUGGUCAAAGAAGAGGGCUUCUUCUUCAUCUACAGUCAGGUAGAGCACUGUGACCCACCAGUCACAGAGGUGUAUUACAAAGAUUCCACCUUUGCAAUGGGUCACAUAGUGAUCCGUAUGAAGAAGAACGUGGUCGGGGAUGAGAGUCAACAUGUUGUUCUUUUCCGCUGCAUCCAAAGCAUGAAUUUGAAGUUUCCCUAUAACACCUGCUACACAGGAGGGAUAGUGAAGCUGGAGGUUGGUGACCGUGUGGAGCUGCUAAUACCUCGCUCCACAGCGAACAUCUCUCUGGAUGGAGACUCUACUUACUUGGGGGCUAUCAAACUGGACUGAUGUGUCUGAGGAAAACAGAACUCUAGGAGUCUAAAGAACAAUUCUACAGUUCAUUUAUUAUAAUUGUACCUGUGCACAACCUGACAUUAUUAGUAUAGCUUAAAAAUCACUGGACACAGAUGGAAUGAUUGGAAUGGCACUGGGCAUAUAGCCUUAUCAGGCAGUUUCCUCACCAGCAUGAGGAGUGGCAACUGCUUGAUGAUUCAAGGCUCAGCUGAAGACUAAUAAGACAUGUUUUGAUAGUAACCAAGGGACUGCUUCUGCACCACUGGAGAUGCUUCACAUGUGGAGGGUGAUGACCGUGAAUGUGCAUAGAAAGCAAGAACCAGGAAUACGCAGAUGAAGGAAAUCAAGACUUGCUAUGUUAUAUUACAAACAAGAACUAGCUUCAAAUUGUUGCUGUCAUAUCAAAACCCUGUAAGUCUCUUUUUUUUUGGAAGCGUGAUUUUCAUGAUGAAUGGACAAGUCUCACUUUAAAUUAGAUUAUAAGAUGAGAGCGUCUACUCCUACUUCUGAAAGGUUGUUAUUUUGGAUAUGAGAGGUUCUGUUAUGACAGCAACGAAAUGCCCGUGUUCCUCUGUGAAACUCUAGAAAUAUACUUCUGCAAACUUCUCAGCAGAAAGCCAGACACACAGAGGUGUGAAGUUAAAUGAGUUUUGUUUUCUGCACUCAAAAUUUUCUUUCUCUGACUCAGCGUUUAUACAUUGUUUAUAGUGCACUGGCACAGCGGAUGAUGUAUGUGUGAACUACAGGCUACAGACAGGGUUUUUUCCCCCUCUGACAUUUAAAAAAAUAUUUCUCUACAUUCAGAUGCUAUCUCUGUUUGUCCACAGUUUACAGGAAAUCAUUUACACGUAGAGAAUGAUCUGAUUGCUACUUGUUAGAGCACAACAGAAUUUUGUUCACAUCAGAAUACUUCAUUACAAACGUAUAACAUUUAGAUGUUACAUCAUUGCACAUGAAAUGCAAUGCAAAACUACUCAUAAGCUGUAGCCACCAGUUAAAUAACAGGAUUUAAAGGCACUAUGUUAGCCAAGUUAUAUGAUUACUGUAAAUUGUUCUUUCUGCAUUAUGCUGUAUUAUACAUUAUACUGUAUUUUGUCAUAGUUUCAGCAGAGGGCAGCACUGGCACAUUAUUAGGCUGCUGCUCCUCGGCUUUGUGCAACUUAGUGAUUUUAGUUUGUUUUGAACUGAAAUCACUGUUUGCCUUUUAAUUGUUUGUUCAUUCAGUGUAUUUUUUCAGCCUUUAAGCCAGGCAUGUCACGCUGGGGACGCUCCAGGCCAAAGUGCUGUGGAGAUUAGCAUUUACCCUCAUCUAAUGCUCUGAAUUCAAUACAUGAAGACCUUGUUAUUUAGCUGACGAGCGGAAUCAGGUGUGUUUAAUGAUGCAAUAUGCUGAAGUCUGCAAUGGCUUGUGAAGACUGGAGCCUGACACGUGCUUUAAGCCAUUGAUUAUUAAUGCAUGAGGGAAGCAUUCUGCAUGAUCUUAACACUUAUGUUUAAGCUAAAAUAGCACUCACCUGCAUAUUAGCAACUGUUUAAAACAAUUUGGUAAUUUAAUACCAACAUGAAUUGUUAGUUAAUUAGUUUUUAACUACUAUAAAGUCCUUUAUACGUUUCCUUUCUGCUGUAAAUUUGGGGUUAUUGUGUCUAGGUUUAUGAUGAUGCUUUUUGACACUCAGAAUGCAGUUAUAUCUUUUUGAAACAGCUAUUUAAAACAGCUUAAAGUCUGAAAAUAAAAUUCAAUUCAAUUGAAGUCUUUAUAAAGACCCAGUGUCCAAAGGGCACCAGUUUCCAAGAGAAACUUGCUGUGUGGCUUCAGACGGCACGUGACACAUACAUAUAAAAUUUGAAACAUGGCAAUGCAGCAGUUGAAUAUUUUCAUUUCUGGAUGUUUUAGUUAAUGUUGUUUUGAAUAUUCCACUAUUUUAGGCAUAUUUGUAUGCUUAAAGCUGCACUAUGUGAGAUGUGGGGAUUUAAGAGACCUCUGGAUGAAAUGUGUAAAUUGCACACAACGUGCAGAAGAUUUUGUAAUGUCGUUUGUGCUUCGGACCCCAAGGAGAGGGUGAAUCUGAUGCUUGUGAGUGCGUUGAAGGAGCAUUCAAAGAGAACUCAGAACUUGGUGAAGGAUAUCUUCUUGGGAUUUAAGUAAAUUAUCUGUUAUUGUCA